AUGGAGUGGAUCUACCUGCUCAUCUUGCUGCCGCUGCUCGACUAUAUCCCGAGCUGCUGCUACGCGAGGCGCUUUGCGCUCAUCGCGCCCAAAGGCGACGCGGCGACGACGGGCCGCGCCAACGUAGCGCGCGUCGUGCACCAGGGCGAGCGCCUGGAGACCAAGUUGGCGUACCACCUCAUCCCGCUCGUGCUCGCGCUCGUGAGUCUCCAGCUCUGCAGCAUCUACGCGCUUCCCCUUCCGCUCUACGUCCUUGGCGGCCUCGGUCUUCUCAUGGUCGUUCUCGUCGCGCAGUGCAUUCGGCUUGCGAUCGCGUUGCGCGUGCUGCAGGACGAACAAGACCAGUGGGAAGCGUGGAUUGAGCGCGAACUCUCGCCCUACUACACGAGCUAA